AUGCUCCGCCUUCGAUUUAAGAGCACUGAUCCAAUUCCUGAACGCCAUUGGAGUAGGAGAGAGCUUCUUACUCUGAUUUGCUCUUCAGCAGCCAUGGCCGAAAGGGUUUACCCAAGUCAGCCGCCGCCGGAGACCCCUCGUUCCUCUGUUUCCUCCGCCGAAGCCAUCCUCCCCGUCCGCAAGCCCUUCCCGGAGCCGGAAACCCACGUUAUCCACGUUCCGGACGGCACGGUCGAGGUCGCUAAGCCCCGCAAGUGGAGGCGGCGGUGCUGCCUCUGUUUACUCUGCUCCGGCGCCUUCGUCUUCGUCCUCGCCGUCACGGUCGGCAUCCUCUUCCUCGCCUUCCGCCCCCGCAUCCCCCGUUACACUAUCGACGGCGUCUCCGUCUCCUCCUUCGACCUCUCCGCCUUCACCGUCGACCCUGUCUUCGCCGUCACCGUCGUGGCCGACAACCGGCGCAACAAGAGGGUCGGCGUGUACUACCGCGACGGCAGCGAGAUAACCGCGGUGUACGACGGCUUGACGCUGUGCGAGGGGAGUUGGCCGACGUUCUACCACCCGCCGCGUAACGAGACGAGGUUUGCGACGGAGCUGAGGGGGUCGGGGAUCCGGCUAACGGCGGCGAUGCAAAGUGCUCUGGUGGCGGCGCAGAGGCAGGGGAAGGUGCCGCUGGAGGUGAAUGUGUCGGUGCCUGUGAGGAUCAAGUUCGGCGCCAUCAGGAGCUGGACGAUCAAAGUGAGGGUGAGGUGCGAGGUGACGUUGGACGGCUUGAGGGAGAACGCCGUCGUCAUCGAUCGGCGGUGCCGUGUCAAGGUUAAGAUUUUCGGGUGA